AUGGGACAAAACAAAUCAUCAUCGUCGGGAGUCGUCUCGGAUUCCUUCAGUGAGUAUUUAGAGAAGGCAAGCCUUUCAUCCCGAGAACAACAACAGCUUUUAGAUCUCUACAACUCUUACGCAUCCUCUGCUCCGUAUCGUGAUGAUGAGUCUGAUUCAUCCGAAGAUGAUCAGAGUGAAUAUUUGAAGGAUCCUCUCGAGGAGGAAUCCGAAGAUGUGGACAACUCAUCAACAACAUUGGCAGCAUUUACCAAUCCUCUCCAUUUCACCUUAUCGUCCUCCACCUUGGUGAAUUCUACAAAGGUGCAAAGAAGUAACACCACUCCCGUGUUCAAAUCUAAAAAUGCCAAAAUUACAUUUCAUAUUGAUCAUAUCACAGUGAGGAGAAGAAAACGAAGAUUUCCACUGUCAUUAUCAUCACUAUCACCACCGAAUAAGCAUCACCAUGAUGAAUCAUCGUCACCACAACAUGAAAACUUUCCCAACCCGUCGACGCCUUCACCAUCCACAAUACCUCCGAACUCCUCUCCUCCUCCUUCCAAACAAUGGUAUAUUUGUGAGAAAUAUUGUGAACUGAAAAAGAUGGAUGGAAAAUUGGGAAAUGUUUUUCUUGCCACUCAAGUCGCGUACAAAAGGGACUAUCACAACGACUACACACAACAGCAAUCAUCACCGCAACAACAGCAGCAAACGAUAGCAGAUAUUUUGACAAGCCCUUUAUUGCCACCUUCCUUUCAAUCCUCUUCAAGUUCUGAAAUAUCAUCCAACAACAAUAAUGAAAAUAUAGAUGGAAAAUCAUUGAAUUUUUCUUCAAGAAAUCAUUCAGUCUUGCAUCCGCUUCACAAUAGACCUGUCACUGUUAAAUUUCUCAAAUGCUCUCAACAAGAGUGGAGCGGGGCUAGCUCCACAAAUUCACAAUACCCUCUCGAACGAUAUUUAAAUGAGCUCAAAAACUAUUGGUACAUGACCCUAAAUUCAAUUUCACAUGGCAAGAAAAGUGACUAUUUUGAAGAGAAAAAACAUGAUGAUUUCUUUUUUAAAAUCUAUGUAGAUCGUAAUUUUUACAAUUCACCAGUUUCUGCGAAUGGGCAUGUUUUUAUCAUGCUAGUAAUGCCCUAUUUUGAAAAUAGUUUGAGUUCAGUGAUUUCACAGUACAAAAGGAUGGACAGGACUUUUUCAUUAUUAGAAAUUAUUCAAAUUUUCAAGCAAAUAUUACGCCCAAUUUUGCAAUUGCAUCAACUUGGAUAUGGACAUCAUAAUUUAAAACCGGAAAAUGUGUUCAUCAUUCCUUCUCAUCACUCUACUCAUCACCACCAUCUAUCCACACCCAGGAAUCGGCCUAACAAAUCGAAAAAACAAGGUUUUAUGAAGAGCAACAAUUCAAAUGAAUCUCCAACUGGAUCCCUUCAGUUGUCAUCAUCGACUCCUACUUGCACACCUCUCUCUAAAAUUGGUCAUGACUACGACAUUAUUCUUACUGAUCCCUUCCCUCGAAUGAAUGUUCUCCAAAGAUCUAACAUGUCCCUUAUGAAUAUGAGUGCCAUUCGAAAGAGUGUCGCCUCAUUCAAUGAUUUAUUACUUAGCGAUUCACUGCAUUACAACAGUCAUCAUCAUCGAAAAAGCUUAAUGAGUCUUGAGCCACUCUCUCCACAUUCCACUCUUACUCCGUCACCAUCUUCCAAUUCCAUGUCACCAGCCUCACAACCAUCUUUCAGUCCUUCCAACUAUAACACAAAUAAUCCCUCUACCUUCAAUUUAACUCUCUCAUUGACUUCAACAAAGUCUCUCAAUGACUUUAAACCCUUUCCCAAUCGUCAUGCUUUUGAAAUCAAGUCACUUUCCGAAUAUUUAUCACCAGAAUUUAAAUCACUCAGCUGUGGGAAAAAAUACUUGACCAUUAAGCAAUUUUCCGAAAAUUUAUCAACAGAAAGUGGAUGUGAAACAGACACCAAGAACAAUUUAGAUUUAUUAUCAACCUCCAUCAUUGGUGCCACUGAUGUCUUUGCUUUAGGAAUUUUAUUUUAUCAAAUCAUGAGCUUGGACCUUUCUUUAGAUGCUCUCGUUCAUGCCUCUUCAAUUCAUUCCAAGAGAUGUUUCAUUCGAGAAUCCAUCAUUAUGAACUACAGACAAGAUGUCGAGUUUUUAGACCUCUAUGAAAGGUUGAUCGAUUUGAUCACGUACCAAAUGCUUGCAGUACAUCCAGAAGAACGAAUUUCACCAAAAAAUUUAUUCCUUCAUUUGGAUCAAAUGGAGUCAUUUAUUAAGAGAAGGGUCAUGGUAGCACAUUGGGACUUGGAUAAGACAGCUCUAUCUGGCAAUGUUGUCGGAAAUAUGAACACAAAUUGUUCGAAUUACAACAAUGGCGCUCCAAAAACACUCUUACAAAAAUCUGCUCUCUCCUCCAACUCUCUUACUUUCAAUGACGAAGAAGCAGAAUCCAUAUUUUACAAAUUGAUGGUGAUCCAAUAUGCCGGUGUGAAAAACGCAUUACCUGAACUCAUGAAGAAGCUUUCUUGUAUAAGCUUGUAUUCUCCCCUGAGAGGUUUUCAAGCUCCAUAUCAAACAACGGGUAGCGAUUUUAAAAAGACAACAUCAAGAGGUGAGACGACCUCCAUCUCAAACAUGAUGACUCUUGCUUCAGGAUCUGAAGAUCAUGGGAAACUCGCAUUGACAGCUGCUCUUGACGAAUUAGAUCACGAUGAUCCAUUUUCCAUUCUCGAUCACAUUGAUCUAAACGGAUUCUAUCAUCCAGAGCACAAUAUUAAAUCUCUGAACCAGUUAGGCUUUUCACCUGAGGUAUUUGCAAUGCGAGGAAUAGGCUCGUUUUUAGGAGCUAGCAAGUUUAAAAUUGAGAAAUUUCUCGAAUGCAAGCGUUCGAAGGAGGUUUUGCUCGCCAGUAAGAGAUCGCUCAAGAAAAAUCCAAUUUUCAAAAAUACGCAACAAUAUCGAGUGACCUGCAUUCCCAUUUAUUCAAGCAUGACAUUGAAUGCUAAUCCAAGGACAUUGAUCUCUAUUGGCUCGAAACUUCAGGUACCUUUUAGUGAAGAAUAUUCGAGUGAUGUGACGAAAUGCAUCUCUUCACACGAUUCUGUAGAUUAUUACUUUAAUGGAUACAAUAUUAUCGAGACCAUUCUAAAUUCAUACAAUUAUUCGCAAACCUUGUUUCCAGUGAUUGAAAAAUUUUCCUGGGUGAACAUGCAUUGUAUUGUAGAGCCUGCAAAUAUUCUCAACUUCACACCUCUUCACCAAUAUUUGGCUCUCAAAAAGGACUCUUCUUCCGAUAUUACGAUCGACGACUUGACACCUUCCUACUUGAGCAAUAGCAGCAUACCACUUUCCACCACUCAAGAACAACAAUUAUACUAUCUUGACGAAGAGGAAUGUGUGAAAUUACAAAUCCAUUCCUUUGUAAAGCCGCUCCCUAAACCAAAUCCUACCCCAUUCACUACUUUUCAAGUUUGCAAUUUUGCUCUUCAGCUUGCUGAAUCCUUGAACUAUUUUCAUCAACUGGACGUUGUUCACUGCAAUAUUAAUACUGAGAGUGUGUUAUUUUUCGAUGAAAAGCUCGUUUUUACAGGCUAUGAUGAUUCUCAAGUGAAAGGAACCAAACUCAAUGAUUAUUCAUUUGUUGCUCCCGAAUACUUUUUUCCUUUGCAAAAUGGACAAGCUCUUACGAUUCAUGACAAACUCGAUAUUUAUCAUUUUGGAAUUUUAUUGAUAGAAUUAAUUCUGGGACUCGAAUUGGACUCCUCAAUUUCGGUGCUGACCAUCACUCAAAAUGAAGAGAGAUUCAUAAGGGAGUUAGAUUUUCAAUUCGAGCUUCGAAACGUACCAAAGCGAAUUAGCUCACUCUUCAAAACGUGUGUUUGUGCCAAUCCUAAAAAACGCUUGACUUCAAAAGACAUAUUGUACGAAUUGAAUGAAGUUUUAAAAAAGAAGUAA